AUGACAUGGAAACUGAGACACCUUUGCACAUGUGUUUAUGAAAAAGAUACAAUCAAGAAAUGGUUAGACAUUGGACGUGAUAUUCUUCAAGAUGAACAAGAAAUCGAAAGAUUCUACACAAUGAAGAAUAAUUGUCCAACUCAUUUCUCACACACUCGACUCUAUCAACCACUGACACAUGACUUGAAAAGCUCGAACCAAUCUAAAUUACAACUGAUACUGAUCAACAAGGAUAUAUUUAAUUAUAUUUCUCAAAAUUGUUUCACUGUCAUCAAACUCGAAUGUUGUGAAUGGGAUGAUACAUUUGAGAAACAUGGUAACAAUGCAUAUUGUGUUGCACUCAAACACUUUACAACAAUAACAAGUGAUUGUCGUCGUCACAAUAUUCCCAAAUCACUUCACAACAUCGGCAAAGACAAACUUGAACAAAUCACAAAAGUUGUAUUUUAUAAUGGUGAUUGCUUGCAAGAUUUAAUCAAACUGCUACCCAAUCUCACUUGUAUUGAAUUUUCUAAAAAAAAGAUGGGUGCCUUCCGAGAAUUAAGUCUAGAGAAUCUGAGUAAACUCAAAUCUCUCACCAAAUUGGAUCUUUCUGGUAUUCGUUUACAACGUGAUGUUGGUUUGGCAGAAAUCAAUAACCUACCACUCAAAAAACUAUGUCUCCCAAGUUGGGGUUCAUCAUCACUGUAUAAUGGGCUCUCAAACAAAUUAAAACGAUCAAUCACCAAGAUAGCUGCCACUCCCUAUAUGGAUUUAAGUGUAUUUCUAAAUCUUAAACAUAUAUUGAUUACUUCCGAAAGAGAUACAUCCCGGUGGAGAUUACCACAAACCGUCACCAAAGUAUCCUCAAAAUAUUUAGAAAUUGGAUUCCUCCCUCACAAUCGACAAGUAACCAAAUUCAAAACCUAUGAUAUGUUUACCGAUAAACAAAAAAACCCUUCAGAAGAUACUGAUGGAAUGACAUUAAGAAUGGUUCAAAUUUUAACUAGACAUGGUGAUAGAACUCCAUUAUACAAUCCACUUACCAUUCAAAUGAAUGAUUGGAAUUGUUCGUUGUCGACAUACAUGUAUCCAUCACCAAACGAUCAAGAUGCUUCGAUCAACUCACCAUCGAUACUUUUCCGUAAGGUCUAUCUCCCCAACCGUGAAUAUUGGCCAGGUAAUUGCUCAAACGGCCAAUUGACUACUUUGGGAUGGGAACAACAUCAACAAGUAGGUACUGUAUUUAGACAAUUGUACGUCGAAAAGUAUGGUCUCUUGUCACCAGACGGAUUGGAUUUGAGCGAAGUUUGGGUCCGUUCCACCGAUGUACCACGUACUCUUCAAUCGGCUCAAUCUGAAAUCAACGCUCUCUACCCACCCAACACCAACGGUGGUGUCAACCCAAUCGAUGUUCUCGACAUCCACACCAUGGACGACUAUUAUGAAAACAUGUAUUCUCCAAACGCACAACUCUGUCCAAUCCUCAACAGCCUCGGAAACAAUGCCACCAACUCCAAGCCAUACCAAAUCUUUGUCCAACAAACCGCUCAACUAAGACAACAAAUCAUGUCUGCUCUCAAGGUCAAGUCAUUCCCAGGCUUUUACAACUUUAUGGAUCUCUUCUUUGCCACUCAAUGUCACGACCUCCCCCUUCCAAACGGUAUCACCGAAGAGAUUGUCAAUGCCACCUACCAAGCUGCCUUUUUCGAAGACUCUUAUCCAUUGUCUUUCCCAAUGAUCUCUCGUCUCGGUAUGUCAACCUUCCUCGAAGAACUCUUGGACAAUAUUAGAAACUUUAUCAAUGGUGAUAUUUCUUACAAGUAUAUGUUAUUCUCUGGUCAUGAUGAUUCUGUUGGUCCAUUUGUUAAUCUAUUUAAUAUUUAUAGAGAAUGGGCACCUUAUGCAUCACAUGUUGAAUUAGAAUUGUGGCAAGAUGAUAGCAGUAGUGAAUACUACCUCCAAUUCAAGUUUAAUGGUCAAUCAUACACUUUGGAUGGUUGUCCAGGCGUCAUGUGUCCAAUUGACGAUUUCUUCUCUAUUGCCUACAACAUUUUAGUUCCAGAUUAUUACGAUGCUUGUAAUCAAGGUGGAAGUUCAUCUGAUUCCUCUUCAGCUGAUUUUUAA